GCUUCAUCUCGUGUGAGACGCUCGUGGCGACCACAUGUCUACAUAAUUUGUGCUGGGAGACGCUUGACUCACACUCAACACUCAUUGUGAAGCAAAAGUGAGUCGUGAUGGCCUGGCCCAGCUUCAUCACUGAUGAGGUCCCGACACCCUGGUCUCACCCAGCCAAGUGGCUUGACCUGAAUGUAACAGAGGAUUGGGUAAGCACAGGAGGUGGGCACCUGCCGGUGGUCACUGAGAGUGAUGCGGGGACAUUGACGACCAACGACAGCCAUGGCCUAGCCACAGACAACCUAAGUUUGGUUACAGACAGCACGCUGGUGCUGAUCUCCAACACCUCUGCUGUAGAGGAGGCCGCCCCUGGCAGCACGAGGGAUGCAACUCUGGUAGUGUGGGAGAUCGUGACGCUUCUGGCCAUCUUCGUAUUGACGGUGUUGGGCAACGUGGUAGUGCUGUUCAUGCUGUUGGUCCGCCACAAGAAGCUCACCCGCAUGUGUUAUUUUAUUCUCAGCCUCUGUAUAUCUGACCUCAUCACCGCCUUCUUCAACGUCCUGCCGCAGCUGGUGUGGGAGGUGACUUACAGAUUCCACGGUGGAGGCUUCCUGUGUAAGGCGGUCAAGUAUGGGCAGCUGCUGGGACCUUACCUCAACUCCUACAUGCUGGUGAUGACGGCCCUCGACCGCUACCAGGUGAUCUGUUACCCGCUCUCUAACUGCUCCUGGACGCCGCGGAGAUCCAAGAACAUGAUCUAUCUUGCGUGGGUGCUGGCCCUCGGGUCCUGUACGCCCCAGAUCUUUAUCUUCAGCUACCAGAAAAUAGACAACGAGUCAUGGGACUGCUGGGCCAACUUCAUCCCUCCGUGGGGCACCAAAGCCUACGUCACCUGGUACGCUCUCUCCGUCUUCAUAGUGCCUCUGUUUUUUUUAAUAUUCGCGUACUCGUGCAUCUGCCGAACACUUUGGGUCAACUUCAAGCACAAGCAGAUGGGUGAGCAUUCACACUGCUGGCGGGACACCCGACGGUCGCAGCUCCUGGUACGAUUGCGUCCACAGAGACACCGUUCAGAGGGUGAAAUCUCCACCUGCAUCCACGACCCGCCGAUGGAGAACAUUGGUCCGCUGCUGAACUCCUCCACGACACUACCCACGCCCAUGGUUAGCGUCCAUAAGCCUGCCAUCACUAACGGGGCGAGUGAGCAGACUUCGAGGGCGCCGCGCAUGACCAACCCUCGCUCACACUCCAUCAGGAGUAUCAGCCGCGCUAAGAUCAAGACCGUGAAGCUCACCGUCACGGUCAUCUUCUGCUACGUCAGCUGCUCUGCUCCCUUCAUCUCCGUGCAGCUGUUGCAUGUAUGGGACCCUAACGCUGCCACCAACCCAUUCUAUAAAGGAGCGGCCUUCACCAUUCUGACACUGCUGCCAUCACUCAACAGCGUCGUCAACCCCUGGAUCUUCCUCGCCUUCAACGAGAACAUGACGCAGGUGCUCCGCAACGUGUGCACCUGCCGCCUCAGCCUCCGACGGGGCCCCAGGCGCUCCCAGACCUUCCGGAGCUCUGACAGUAAUAAGAACUUCCGCCUGACAGUGUUCACCACAACAGAAGGGGACGCUGGUCACAGGGCCUCCAUCUCCCAAAGAAAUACCGUCACCCACUACCACAGCACUAAUGACUGAUGGUGCCUCCAUACUACGGGUGUAACACUUUGUAUCUUGUCCUCAUCUACUAAGCACUUGCCAGUUUGGCCUAAGCAACUCUGAUGUAGCAUACGGUAUGGAAGGCUUAAUUAUUUUUCUCUCAUCCUAAAAUACUUCUUGGUGUGAGAGAUGUAAAAAGAGUGUGAAGCUGCAGGACGAGUGUACUGUGGCUUGUAUUUUUCCCUAUUAGGAACGCUUAGAGUGUAUAUUUCUAGCUAAUUCUUUCUUCUUAUCUGUCGAGGGGGGCGGUGUGAGGAGGAGGUGGCGAUGGGAGUAUUAACUGUGUCGUAUGUCCAGAGAAUAAGUGGUUGAGUGUCGUCCAUACAUUACUAUACUCUGUGUUUGGUGUUGACUGUGUCUCUCCUCAUCUGGAUCAGGCGACCCGGAGAGCCGCUGUACAGUCCUUGGUCAUGACAGUGUUAGAGACGAAAAGUUUUAUGGUCUUC